AUGCCAGCGCGAGGCAACAAGGUCCUCGCGAUGACCAUAGGAUUAGCCAUCGUUUUGUCCUUUUCUUUUGUCCUGUUCAACGACGAUGCCUACAGAUCCGUUCCAGCCCAGUAUGGACACUUUAGAAGAUUCCAAAGGGUUCGCAUCUGCGAGACCACUCCUGGGGUGCGAUCUUUUAGCGGCUACAUCACCAUACCCCCAAAUGAGGAUUCUCCCGUCGAGAGCAACAUGUUCUUCAUGUUCUUCGAGGCCAGAAAGUCCCCACGAAAGGCCCCACUGACUCUUUGGCUCCAGGGUGGACCAGGCUCGGGCUCAAUCGGCCAAGCCGUGUCGGGCCACAGCGGUCCGUGCCGCGUCGCCGGUCCCGACGGCACGGCGACCGAGCUGAACCCCUGGAGCUGGAACAACGAGGCCAACAUGCUGUACGUCGACCAGCCCGUGCUCACCGGCUACAGCUACGACGCGAUCUCGCGGGGCUUCCGCGACGUGACCAGCGGGCACGUCACCCUGGGCGACGACGUCUUUGCGCAGAUCCCCGGCGACAAUGCCACCAUCCGCAGGGGCGUCUUCCCCAGCCAGGACGGCAACAACGCCCCCAACACGACAGACGCGUCCGUCGCUCAGCUGGUCCGCUUCCUGGACAUCUGGACCGACGACUUUGCCCGCUACCGCCACGACGAGAUCAACAUCUGGGCCCAGUCGUACGGGGGCCACUACGCACCCGCGCUGGCCAGCGCCCUCAUGGCCCGCCGCCGCGACAGGCCGGAGCUGAUGUCGGUCGCGUCCGUCGGCAUCAUCAACGGCUUCGUGGACAUGCUGCUGCAGGCGCCGUCGUUGACGACGUUUCCCGUCAACAACACGUUCGGCAUCAAGGCGUACUCGGAAGAGGUGGCCGCCCAGGCCAGAGCCAUCCUGCCGACCUGCAUCUCCCAGGGCGGCGACUGCCAGGCGCUGCAGCGCUCCAAGGCCAGGAGCAGGGGGGAGGUCGAGUCCGCCUGCGCGGCCGCCUUUGCCACCUGCUGGGGAAUGGCGGCGCUCUACGACUCCCGGGCGGAUCGGGGGGUUUUCGACAUUGCCCACCAGUCGCUGGACCCCUUCCCGCCGGAGUACGUCGUCGGAUGGCUCAACAAUGGCAAGGUGAGGCGGAAGCUCGGGGCCAGGGUCAACUACACCGAGACCAGCGGCCCGACGGAGACCGCGUUUGCAAUGACGGGCGACUUUAUGAGGAGCUCUACCGAUGAGCUGGUCGGUUUGAUUGAUGCGGGGGUCAAGGUGGCGUUGAUUUUUGGAGAUCGCGACUUUCGUUGCAACUGGGUUGGCGGUGAGGCGGUCAGUCUCGCCCUCAAUCACUCCAAAAAGGAGCAGUUCGCCGCAGCGGGGUACACCGACCUCAAAACCAACAACACCUACAUCGGCGGCAAGGUCCGACAGCAGGGCCUCUUCUCUUUCACCCGAGUCUUCCAGGCCGGUCACGAGGUUCCAAUGUAUCAGCCCGAGACGGCCUAUCAGAUUUUCAUGCGGACCAUCACGGGCAGGGACGUGGCGACGGGGACUGUGGAUGUUGUCAAGGACGCCGGCUUCGUCACGCAGGGGCCUCUGUCGGUUUUUGACGUGCAGCAGCCGCCUCCCCAGCAGCCGCCGAACGAAUGCUAUAUUGAUUUUUCGCCAUUGGGGACGCGCUGCACCAAGGAGCAGGUUGCGGCCUUGACUAAUGGCACGGCGGUCGUUGCGAAUCGCGUCGUGGUUUCGCCAGCUGCUUGA